UUCUCAGUAUACUUUACCGACGACGCGAAGCACGCGCUACCAAAGCGGCCGGACCGCGCGAAAAUGAAAUCGAGUUUCUAAAUUCGAACAUUCGAAGUUUUAAAUUGAAGUGACAGUAAUUUUUUCUUAAUUGUUUUUUUUGUGUGUUGAUAGAACUAAGUAUUAGUGAAAAUGAGGUUCGUUUUGGUUAAUAAUAUUCCCAGUGUGCUGCUGAUGAGUUUGGUACUGCUGGCCAGUGCCCAAAGAACUUCAAACAACUUGAGAGACGCCGAUGUGCACGAACUGGCGCGACAGAACAAGAUCACCAAGCAGAUCCUGGAGGCUUUCAUUCAGAAGAAGCUGGGUCUCUCGAAGGGGUACGUGAGGCCGCCGUCCAUCCAGGACAUUAUACCGAUGAAGAUGGUGCAAGAGAAACGCGUGAUGAAUCAGCCUUUAGAGGAGGAGCAGACGACGGAGACUCAGGAGUAUCCAGAAGAUGACGGCUUGCAGAGCGUCGAGAGCGAGCAGAUCGACUCCAUUUAUGGCGAAGAAUGUACGAGUUGCAACGACGACGACUUGGGUGUCACGCGGUGGACAAUGCCUCUACUCAAGUCGGGGGAGAAGCGGUAUUACUUAGGCAUAUUUUUCAAGGCGAACUGGUUCAAGGCGCAGCAGUACUGCCGGUUCCACGGGAUGCACCUGGCCUCUAUCUCCUCGCAGCAGGAGAACGACAAACUCGAGCAGUACGUCAAGGACUCCGGAUACGGACGCGAGCACUUCUGGACGUCGGGAACGGACUUGGCUGAAGAAGGCAACUUCUUCUGGAUGGCCAACGGGCGUCCUUUAACAUUCGUCAACUGGAACGCGGGAGAACCAAACAACUUCAGAUACGAGAACGGGGAAGAAGAGAAUUGUCUAGAACUCUGGAAUCGAGACGACAAAGGGCUCAAGUGGAAUGACUCUCCUUGCUCCUUCGAAACCUUCUUUAUCUGUGAAGUGCGGACCGAUUGAGGAUCUGUGUAAUUGUAUUAUCGUUCAAUUGUUUUGCGUAACUUCUGGAAGUUCUGGGUUCUUGUACUUUUAAUAAUCAGCUUUUUUAAUGAGGUGGGAUUGGGUAGUUGACACCAAGCAAUUAUGCCAAACUUAACACUAAUUUAGCCCUGAUAAUAGUUUAUAAAUGGCUGUAAAACAAUUUAUCAAUAGUAAUGAUAAAAUUGGUCAUUACUUCAGGUGCCUAUGUAAGAAAUUGGAAUAAGUAUAAUGAUUUCAGUUCUUACAUAGCUUCUUACGUAAAUAUUUAUUUCGUUUAAAAUUAUACAAAGCAGGGUAAAGAUUUGCGUAUUGGUUACAAAAUUUAAUUGCUUUUUGUGUCAAAAAAUGGCCUUUUCACUGGGUCAGGACAAAAGUCGGCCAUUGAUCGAGUUACGAAACGAAAUCACUUAGACCAAACCUUACCGACAACCGACAAUUCGAUACAGAUUCCAAAAAAGUGUAUCGCUGCCGUUUUUUUGGAAUAAAUCUCGAUAAAAAUACGUACCUAAAUCGAUAGAAAAACGACUAGAAACGAUUAUUUUGCCGAAAUAUUGAUGGUUGAAUAAUGAUAUAAGCCAAAAACUUUAUAAAUCUGAGUUAAUAUAAAAUACAUUCAAAAGAUUUAAUCUAAGAAAACUAUUUUAAAAGUAUGGACUAUGGACCCGAUAUUUUCGCAAGUUUAGCAAUAAGUAGUUUGUUGUUUUGUGUGAUACCAGUUUAGUGUGCUAGACGCCAUUUUCUUUUUGCAAAAUAUGUUCAAUAUUUUUGUUUUCCAAAAAAAUACGGCCUGCAAAUAGGUAUUUCAAGUAAAUCAGAAUUUUGUUUCAUAAAAAUCAAAAUUAAAGUGAAAUAUAUUUUUUUUUAAUAUCUGUUCUUUGCCUUAAUUAGUACAACAAACGUAAUGUAAUGUAUUUUGAAGAAUUGAAUUUUCAGUCCUUCGAUCUCUUGUAAUUAAUUGUAUUAUUAAUAGCUACAAAACAAUAAAGACUUAGAUAAUAUUAUUGUGUAAAAAGUAUGUAAAUUAAGUGUGUAUGUACAUACUGUACAUUAGGUAGAUACAAUAAUUUUCAGUUUAUUUUUUUGUUCUCAGAGUGAAAAAAUGUGAACAAAAAAACUUUUAUUUUGUAUUAAAUCUUAUAUUUACAUAAUUAAAAAGCAAAAAUGUAUAAAAAUUAAAAGGGGUCAGUAUGUAGUUAGGUUUAACUACAAGUACUAUUUAUUUAUUAUAUUGUAUAAUCUCAUUAAUAUUUAACAAAAAUUGAUACUUCAAAACAUUUUCAUUCCAAAUUAUCUUUUUAGAAGCUAAAAGUGUAAAAGCUUUAUAAAAGAUAGUUUUGCUACGUGUUCACUGCCAGAUCAGUCAUCAAACUGAUGUAUAUUUAAUAAAAUCUCGCACUUAGUAAAGAGAGAGUUGAACACAUCAAAAAAAUCACGAAAUUGAAAUGGCUAAAGACGGAAAAUAAAUUCUACCGCGUUGCAAGGUACUUACAACGCCAUCUCUUGACACAUUUAUGAACGAACCUUUAUCUAAACGAGAAAAAGUAAACUCUGU